GACCCUGUUAAGCCUUCAGAGUGCGUUCCCAAACGAGCCCUAAAAAUGGAAGAGAAGCACAAUUCACCGGCGACCGCCACCGAAGCGGCAACACCAUCGUCGGCGGAGCUACCAUCUUCACGGAGAAGAGGCGGAGGGCUGAAGAGGAAAGCCUCGAUUCUUAGCAACAGCAACACAUCGACUCCGCCACCGUCGUUGUCUUCGAAGCGUCAAGCUCGUGAGAAACCAUCGCCGGUGCUGUUCCCUCCGAUCCACAAUGGACCGUGCACCAGAGCUCGUCAACAACCAAAUUACGCUGACUCUACGUCGUUUUGGGACGCGGUGAUUGUGAAUGGCGAAGGGGAAGGUUCGAUGUUGGGGACGCCGGUGGCGGCGAAGGUGGAGGAGGAAUUGAAUGCUAGGAAAGAAGCCUGGGAGGCGUUGGAAGCGAAGAUGGAAGCUGAAUAUGACCACUUAAAAGCGCGUGAUGCUAAUUCCCAGGUUGUACCGAUUUCUUGUGGUUGGUUCUCAUGGACAAAAGUUCAUCAGUUGGAGGAGAAAGCAAUGCCUUCUUUCUUUAAUGGAGAAGUGGAAAAUCGGACUCCUGAACUUUACAUGGAGAUAAGAAACUCCAUUAUGAAAAGAUUUCAUGCCAAUCCCAAUACUGAAAUUGAGGCAAAAGAUCUUUCUGAGAUAUCAAUUGGAGAACUGGAUGCUAAGGAAGAGGUGAUGGAGUUUUUAGAGUAUUGGGGGUUGAUUAAUUAUCAUCCAUUCCCUGAGGCAGAUAUCACUAGCUCAAUGGGUGAUGCUGAAGAAGCUGCAAAAGUAAAUUCAUUGAUACAGAAUCUGUAUGAGUUUGAGGUGGAGCAAUUGUGCCCACCAGCAGCUCCCAGGACUAGUCUUGCAACCCUUGCUGUUCCAUCCCGGUUGCCAGAGUCCAUGAUAACUGAUGAAUCAGUGCAGCCCGAGGGACCAUCUGUUGAGUAUCACUGCAAUUCAUGUGCAGCUGAUUGCUCUCGUAAGCGUUACCACUGCCAGAAGCAGGCAGAUUUUGACUUAUGUACUGAUUGCUUCAACGACGGCAAGUUUGAUUCCGAUAUGUCCCCAUCUGAUUUCAUUAUUAUGGAGCCUGCUGAUGCUGCUGGGGCAAGUAGUGGGAAGUGGACAGACCAAGAGACACUGCUCCUUCUUGAAGCCCUGGAACUAUUCAGUGAGAACUGGAAUGAGAUUGCUGAACAUGUGGCCACAAAAACAAAAGCUCAGUGUAUAUUGCACUUUGUUCAAAUGCCAAUUGAAGAUACUUUCCGGGACUGUGAUGAUGAAGAUGAUGCAAGUAACAAGGAAAAAGCUGAGAAGAAAGAUGCAAGUCCCGAUGAAAAUGAUGAGAAAAAAGAAGUUGAUGCAAGUCCAGAGGAAAAUGUGGACAAAGUAGAAGUUGAUGUAAAUUUGAAGGAAAAAACAGAUGCAGUUGCAAUCAAGAAUGAUACACCUCUCGGUGAUUCCCCUGAUAUGAAAGAAACUGAUGAUCCUAAGGCCCUCCUCAAUACUGAUGCUUUGCCUCCAGAUGAUGCUCCAUCCAAUAAUGAUGAACCUGAUCCCUCUCCGAUGGACAUUUCAGAAUCAGCGGAUCCUGAUAAACUAAAAGAUAAUCAGGAGAAUGGUGUGAACAUUGCAGUGAAAGCACUCAGAGAAGCAUUUGAUGCUGUGGGUUCUCGUCCUUCCCAUGAUGGGAAACUUUCUUUUGCUGAUGCUGGCAACCCUGUCAUGGCAAUGGCAGCAUUCUUGAGUCGGUUGGUGGAUCCCAAUAUUGUCACUGCUUCAGCCCGUACUUCUCUGAAAUCUGUUUCUAGUGGUGGCACUGGCUUGCAGCUCUCUGCAAGGCAUUCCUUUGUUAUUGAACAUCCAACAGAUGAGAAGAAACCAGAUAACACAGAGAGAGAUGUCCAAGAAAAGGUGGAGCAAGAGGGCAUGAAAGACAAGACAGAUUCUAGCAGGAAGCAGGAAGAAGAAAAGUCUAGCUUAAUUCUUAGUGACAGUUCAGUAAAUGAUGAUAAUGACAAGGAAGGUAAGAAAGAAUCUUCUGUUUCUCAUGGAGAAAAGAAAAAUCCUAUUCCAGCAGAAGUGGUGCUUCCCAAGAAAGGCAAGAAUGUUGGUAGAAAGGGCAUUUCUGCUUCUUCAAAGAAAGACAAGGAUCCAAUUACCGAGAAGGCAAUUAUUGCUGCAGAAACUAAUGAGCAAACAGAUCAAAUCGAGAAUCCUUCAAGUUCUAAAAAGGAGUCUGAAGGUUCUGCUGAUGGUGGUCCACCGUUAGGGGUCUCUCGUUCUACAGAGGCUCCAAAAGAUGAGGAGAUGGUAUCUAAAUCCCUUCCGUCAGAGACAGCAGAGCCUCACCAAUCUAACACUUCACUGGCUGAAAACACUGCAAACUCAGAGGAGGCAGGAGCAAAAGACUGUAAGAAUGUGAACAAACACCCACUAGACACUAAAGAUGACCCAGACAUGCAUAAAUUAACAAGUGCAGCUGUCACUGCCAUCUCUGCUGCAGCAGUUAAGGCAAAAUUCUUGGCAGACCAGGAAGAGGACCAGAUUAGACAGCUUGCCACAUCGUUAAUAGAGAAGCAGCUGCACAAGUUGGAGACUAAGUUGGCUUUCUUUACCGAGAUGGAUGGUGUUGUAGCGAGGGUUAGGGAACAGAUGGAAAGGUCAAAGCAAAGACUUUACCAUGAACGUGCCCAAAUAAUCGCUGCCAGGCUGGGCAUGUCAUCUGCCGCUUCUACCAGACCUAUGCCGCAUCCAUUACCCAACAGAGGUGGAAUGCCGUUUCCAAAUGCUGUACAAAGGCCACCAAGUCCAAUGAGCAUGACUCCUCAAAGGCCACCACUCUCAAGACCAAUGAUGGCACCGACACCCUUUUCUAACCCAAUUAUACCUAGCACAGUUGCGGGAAACUCAGCUCAGAUUUCAAACAACCCGGAUAAACUCUCAUCGGUUGGGAUGAAGUGAAAUUUGGCACCAACCUUGUAUUAUUGUUAUACCACAAGUAGUCCUAACAACUAUUACCAAGCAAUAUUGCAUAUUGGUAAAGCUAUGAAAUUGAGGAUCUGGAUUGAUUUGAAGAUUGGUACAAUCAGAGGGAGGGGGUUAUUUUGACUUUUUUACAACAUCUCUGAACUACCUCAUCCUAUCAUGCAUCUGUGCCUAAUUAAGCUAGUAGUAGUAUCAAUGGAAGUUAACUAGUUAGAUUUUCAUGUUUUAUGUUAUGUUUUGUAGAUAUACUUGGGGUUUAUGGUC